AUGCAGCCCUCGCGAGUCCUGAUGGGUCCGCCCAAAUAUGCGCCGCUCCCCAACCACCCCAUCCAUAUCCACCCGCCUCGGCCGCUGUACAGAUUCAUGGCGACCGCUCUCGGAGCAUCCAUGUGGUUUUUCUUGAUGUACCGCGCGAAGAAGGAUGGUCCGGCUCUGUUGGGCUGGAAGCAUCCUUGGGAUCACUGA